GUCCGUUCUUCCCCACAGCCCAAAGUCGAAAUCCUCAAAUCUCAUCUCCCCUCAAGCAAACCCUAGCCCGCUCCCAUCCCAUGGCCCGCACGAAGCAGACGGCGAGGAAGUCGACCGGCGGGAAGGCGCCGCGGAAGCAGCUGGCCACCAAGGCGGCGCGCAAGUCGGCCCCGGCGACCGGCGGCGUGAAGAAGCCGCACCGCUUCCGCCCCGGCACCGUCGCGCUGCGAGAGAUCCGCAAGUACCAGAAGAGCACGGAGCUGCUCAUCCGCAAGCUGCCCUUCCAGCGGCUCGUCAGGGAGAUCGCGCAGGACUUCAAGACCGAUCUCCGCUUCCAGUCUUCCGCCGUCUCGGCGCUGCAGGAGGCCGCCGAGGCUUACCUCGUUGGGCUAUUCGAGGACACCAACCUCUGCGCCAUCCACGCCAAGCGGGUCACCAUCAUGCCCAAGGAUAUCCAGCUCGCCCGCCGCAUCCGUGGAGAGAGGGCCUAGGCGAGUGCCGCAUCGUUGUCUCGCGGUGCCUGUGCUGCCGGUGGAUAGAUUUGUCUUAGUUUGUUGUGUUGCUCUAUGGAGAUGUGCUAGUGUGGUAGGAAGGUUUUCUGUUCGUGCUCUGUGGGGUGUGUUAUGCCUGACCUGAUGUUACCGUCUUGUUGUCAUCAGUAAUGGAAAAGUUGCCUUCU